UUUAGGGGCACACGUGUCUCCCGCCUCUUACUAGAUCCGCACAUGAGUGGCGACCAACAUGUUCUGAACGAAAUUUUCCAACAGGCCCCUGACCAUUUUUUUCCACAGGCUAUGAUCACUUUGUACUUGUAAAACUUUCAAAGAAGAGGUUGUGAGUAACAAACUAUCAACCUCUUCCCCCACCAAAUACCAAGAAUAAAUUUUCCAUGAAGAGGCUAUGGAUGCUAAAAAAACUUCUUUCUUUGCGCCAAUAUUAUUUUACUUGUGUAUCUUCAUCAACCUUAAUUUCUCUUUUCGAGCCGAUAGCAUCUCAACUUAUCACUCUCUCUCAGGUGAUGAAACCAUUGUCUCUUCAGGCGGGAAUUUUGAACUUGGUUUCUUCAAGCCAGGCAACUUUUCCAAGUACUACAUCGGCAUAUGGUUCAAAAAGGUUUCUGCUCAAACUGUAAUAUGGGUAGCCAACAGAGAGAGGCCCAUCACUGAUAAGUAUUCUUCAGAGCUGCAAGUUGUAGAUGGUAACUUGGUGCUUUUUGAUGAGAGGCAUACUGAAAUUUGGUCCACAAACACAAAAUUGAAGUCCUCCAGGGCAGUAGCAAUACUUCUUGAUGAAGGAAAUUUAGUUUUGAGAAAUGGAUCAUCAAAUACAACAGUUUGGCAAAGUCGGGAUUACCCAUCAGAUACAUGGUUGCCAGGAGGUUACCUUGGUUACGAUAAACGUGCAAACAGGACACAGAUUCUUACUUCAUGGAAAAACUCAGAAGAUCCUUCUCCUGGAUUGUACACUUUUGAACUUGACCCGGUUGGAAAUCAAUAUCUGCUCAAGUGGAACAGGUCCCGUCAAAUAUGGACUAGUGGAGCUUGGAAUGGACAGGCAUUUACUAAUGUACCCGAGAUGGCCAGUGGAGCUAUUUUUACCUUUACCUAUAUAUCAAAUACUAAUGGUUCUUAUUUAACAUAUUUUCUUGAAAAUACUUCCUCAAUCAUUACACAGUGGAGAUUUAUUGUCGAUUAUAGUGGGCAAAUUAAGGAGAUGGGAUGGUUGGCUACUCAGCAAAAGUGGUCCUUAUUUUGGUCCAAGCCAAAUACACAGUGCCAAGUUCAUGCUUUUUGUGGAGCCUAUGGUGUUUGCAAUGAUCUAACCUCUCCUUUCUGUAACUGCUUGCCUGGUUACGAAAGUAGGAUUGAGAAAAGCUGGACUUUGGGAGAUUAUUCUGGUGGUUGCAAGAGAUUUGUGGAAUUGGAGUAUGGUAAUGCAAACACUACUAGCAAGAAAACAGAUAUCUUUCAAUUUUUUUCACACAUGAAAUGGCCUGAUAAUCCUCAAGCUUUCUCAGCUGUGAAUGCAGCACGCUGCAAAUCCGAAUGCUUGAGCAAUAUUUCUUGCACAGCUUAUGCUUAUUAUGAGAACACCUGUUUCACUUGGCAUGGGGACCUCUAUAAUAUGCAACAGCUACCAGAAAAUGACAACAAUGGCAGGGUCAUCUACAUUAGAAUCCCUUCAUCUGACUCUUCAAAAAAUAUUAAGGGGAUUAUUUUUGGUGUUGUUGGAGGGUCAAUUGCAAUUCUAUCCAUCUUUUCCGGCCUUCUUUUACUUGCAUUCAGACGACAUAAAUCAGGAAGAGCUAAUAAGAUUGAAAGAGCUGCAGAUGGUAGAAUCGUGGCAUUUGGCUACAAGGAUUUGAAAAAUGCAACCAAGAAUUUCUCUGAAAUGUUGGGGAAAGGAGGCUUUGGAUCAGUUUACAAGGGUACAUUACCCGAUUCAACAGUCAUAGCAGUGAAGAAGCUGGAAGGCGUCAGCCAAGGGGAGAAACAAUUCCGCAAUGAAAUCAGCACAAUUGGUAACAUUCAACAUAUAAACCUUGUGCAUCUUUGUGGUUUCUGUUCUCAAGGUAACAAGAAGUUGUUAGUGUACGAGUAUGCAUCCAAUGGAUCAUUAGAUUCUCAUCUUUUCAACCCAAAAAAGGAUGAGGGUAUAUUACCGUGGACAACAAGGUAUGAAAUUGCAUUAGGGACAGCCAGAGGACUGGUAUAUCUGCACGAGAAAUGCAGGGACUGUAUCAUACAUUGUGAUAUAAAACCUGAAAACAUUCUUCUGGAUUCUUUCAUGUGUCCCAAAGUUGCAGACUUUGGGCUAGCAAAGUUGGUGGGGCGUAAUUUUAGUAGGGUUUUGACCACAAUGAGAGGAACUCGAGGCUACCUUGCUCCUGAAUGGAUAUCUGGCGGAGCCAUAACAGCAAAAGCAGAUGUGUAUAGCUUCGGAAUGAUGUUGUUUGAGUUUGUGUCAGGUAGGCGAAAUUCUGAGCAAACUAGAGAUGGAAAGGUAAAUUUCUUUCCGGCAAUUGCUGCAAAUGUGAUAAUGAAUGAGGGAGACAUCCUUACUAUAUUAGACCCCAAUUUAAACCUGGUUGCUGAUAUUGAAGAAGUAAGCAAUAUCUGUAGACUAGCUUGUUGGUGCAUCCAAGAGGAUGAACAUGUGAGGCCAACAAUGAGCAAGAUAGUUCAAGUUCUUGAAGGGGUUUUGGACGUGGCCAAGCCUCCUGAUCCUCGAGGACUUCAAGUCUUUAUCGACAAUGAAGAUGAUGUUGUUUUCCUCGUGGAUAAGGCAUCCUCCUCGAAUUUGCAUAUACAGAGCGAUCCUGCAUGGGCUUCAUCAUUCGUUAAAGAGCAGGAGACCAACAAAAAGACCCAGGGUUCAAAGAUACAAGAAUGGGAAUCUGAUUGAGCUUCGCUUGGGUUCCGUUUUCAUAUUAGAAAGUUUGGGAAAUGAAACUAUAGACAAAAUAUAUAUAGAUAUUAUGUAAAAUAGUCUCACAUUUCCAUUAUAUAUUUCUAUAAAUAUAAUAAAAUCCAAAUCUCCAAAAGUUGGUAAUAUUUGUC